AUGAACAACGCAAUUGAGACAACUGAUGCCAUACAUGAUGAAGGUGGGCGAAGUAUCGGUAGUUUCGGUUAUGGCAUCGGCAUCUCCGUAGGACUCCUCGCAAUAUUAGCAAUCAUCACUUAUGGUUCCUGCAUCUGCACUCCACGGCGCAGCGCAGUGAACCGCCACCCUUCCGCCCACGGAAGCUCCAUAGACACCACCACCAACGAUGGCUCGACCCAUAUUCAAGAAGGACUGGAUGAAGCCACCCUCCUCACCUACCCUAAACUCCUCUACUCCGAUGCCAAGCUCCAUAAAGGCGACCCCAUUGCUUCAGGCUGCUCAAUAUGCUUGGCUGAGUAUAAAGACACUGACAUGCUUCGUUUAUUGCCUGACUUCAGCCACCUCUUCCACCAGAAGUGCGUCGACCCCUGGUUCAAGCUUCAUAGAACGUGCCCAAUUUGUCGAACCUCACCAUUGCCAACCCCUCUCGCGGAGUUCCUCCCCUCAGCACCAGAUUCCUAG